UUUCAGAAUUCAGAUCUAUCAAUUCUCGUCAUCAGCGAACGAAAUUUUUUGUUUAAUCAAGUGCAAAGUAUUUUGUAACAAUUUAAUUUUCAAUUAAAUUGUGCCAAAGUAGCUUCAGAUAAAAAAGUUAUUUUUCGUUAGUGCUUAUUUGUUUAUAUAAUUUUUUAUUUGGAUAACGUUAUAAGCACACAUCGAAAUGAAAGUUAAAGAGUUGCAGAAGACUGUAAAUAUUGCGUGGUCACCGUUGCCUCAACAUCCCAUUUAUCUGGCCGCGGGUAGUGCUGCACAACAACUCGAUUCGAACGUAAACCCAACAUUAGAAAUAUAUUCCACGAAUUUCAGUGAUCCAAGUUACGACUUGGAAUUAAAAGCAAGUCUACCUAGCCAGUACAGGUUCCAGAAAGUUAUUUGGAGUCCUACUGGUUACGAUGGCGCUCAUUCUAAUGGUUUAAUUGUAGGCGGUUGUGAAGGUGGUCACGUCAUGAUUUAUUCUGCUGCUAAAAUGCUAGCCAAUGAAGAAGGUCUUAUUGCACGACAAGAUAAACAUACCGGAUCGGUUAGUGGACUUGAUGUUAACCCAUUUCAAACCAAUUUGCUUGCCUCAUGCGCCUCUGAGUCGGAAAUAUUUAUUUGGGAUCUUAACAACACCACGACGCAUAUGAAUCCAGGCACUAAGACACAGCCACUUGAAGAUGUACAAAAUGUCGCUUGGAAUAGACAAGUGCAACAUAUAUUGGCCUCAGUUUUCAGUUCACGUUGUGUUAUUUGGGAUUUACGUAAAAGCGAGCAAAUCAUUAAACUCUCCGACACACAAUCGCGCGUUCGCUGGCAUGCCAUUCAAUGGCAUCCGGAUGUAGCUACACAAGUUUGGCUUGCUUCAGAGGAUGAUCAAGCGCCUGUUGUGCAAUUGUGGGAUUUGCGUUACGCCACUGCGCCAGCGAAGACAAUGCAAAUUCAUCAGCGUGGUGUACUUGGUAUGUCCUGGUGUCCACGUGAUAUCGAUCUAAUGGUAUCCUGUGGCAAAGACAACCACAUCUAUUGCUGGAAUCCUAACACCGAUAUACCCGAAGGCGAAAUACUAUCAGAAGUAGCUGCAACGGCUACCUGGUAUUCGGAUGUGCAAUGGUGUCCGCGUAAUCCGGCGCUGGUCGCUAGUUCAAGUCUUGACGGCAACGUGUCAAUUUAUUCACUUUUUGGCGGCACACAACAACAAGUGCAAACAUCUAAUAAAAUAGCGGACUCUUUCCCCGGAAUGGAUCAAAUAGCGCAAGCGCCCAUACCACAACAAUCAACGCAGAUAGUGUAUCGUGACUUGAAACGUGCACCAAAGUGGAUUAAACGGCCUUGCAGCGUUGCAUUUGGGUUCGGCGGUAAGUUAGUGCACUUUAAUAGCCAAUCGAAACAGGUGCAAGUCUCGCAGGUGGUCACUGAACCGGAAUUGGUAGAGCGGGCUAACGCCCUUGAGCGUUCUCUCACUGAAGCAAAUUACGUUGAUUAUUGUCGUGGACGGGCCGAUCAAACGUCGGAUCAAAAUGGACGUUAUUUAUGGUAUUUCAUUAAGGCGAACUUCGAACUUAACCCAAAAGAGGAAAUGUUGAAUUUACUUGGCUUCAACAAACAAGAUAUAGAUGUUAAAUUUGCUAAAUUUGUAAAAGAAGGUGAGGCGCAACAAAAUGAAGUGGAUCACGUGACGAAUCGGUUAGCGAAUCUCUCGCAUAGCGAUUCAUCGGAAGUUGAGUGUGAUCAAAGUACUGAUGGCAGUACCGACAUAUCGCAACCAGUGGAUAACAAUGCAAUAUUCGACGGCAUUGCGGUCACUCAGAAGCAACAACAACUGCAGAAGGAAAAUGCAGCAAAACAAUUCGACAUACCCAAAGGGGAACAUCCUGAUAGUCUGAUCACUGAAGCAAUUCUCACUGGUAAUAUGGAAGCUGCUGCCGAGCUUUGCCUUGAAUCGCAACGCAUUGCAGAGGCAUUAAUUGUCGCCUCGACUGCGGGCAUUGAUUUCCUUACUAAAAUUCACAAUCGCUACUUGCAGCAGCAACAAAACGAGUUGUCCAAUGUGAUAAGUGCGCUGGUGACACGUGAUUGGUUAGAUUUUAUCAACCGUUGCACUGUCGAAUCAUGGAAGGAAGCUUUGGUCGCGGCCCUAAAACAUAGCGAUCGUAAAGUGGUUGACAUUUGCGAACGUCUGGGUGAUCGCCUACUGGAGGAGCGUGCGCAAAAUAUCGAUUUCAUACGUAAUGCUAUGUUAUGUUACGUCUGUGCUGGUAGUAUUGAUAAAUUAGUGUCCGCUUGGCAUCAAAUGAAAGCAUUGGAGCACCAGAAUAAUAAUUAUAAACCGAAUACGACUGAAUUACAGGAAUUAGCCGAAAUUGUAAUGUUGAUGAGCAAAUCUUUGGAACAACAAGGAAUUGCUUUGGAUCUAAGUGGACCAAUUGCGGACUUUAUUACCGAGUAUGGCGGUCUGUUGGUGGCUCAGGGUGCGCUCACAGCCGCUUUAACAUAUAUUUAUGCUUUGGGUACGGCCGAUGAUGAACAAAAUGGCGAACUGGUGGAGCUGCGGCAGCGAAUAUAUAAUACGGUAAAUUAUAGAUCAACGCCUGCGGCUGCCACUGGACCUCUAGCAUAUCAACAGCAACCACAACCGCAAAACAUAUAUAGCCGACAACCACAACAGGCACCUGUUCAACGCGGCUCAUUUUCGCAUGGAUUGCCGCAAACACACGCUGGUUAUGGCGGCACAAACCAAUUCGCAAAUAAUCAGGCAGGCAAUUGGAAGGCAUCAGCUUUGCCAACAUCUGCCGGAGGCGUCGCUAUAUCGCAGCAACCCACACUAUUUAAUCCGAUUGCACCCACGCCAUCGGCAGCAGUAACAGCCAAACCGCCACUGGCUGUACCCGGACAUAUCACAAACGAUUCAUUGAACACACAACCACCACGUCCAGCCAGCAAUGCCAGUUCGCAAGGUGGUAGUGGCGCAAAUUUACACUCACGAUCCAAGUAUGUGUUAGAUCCGUCGGUGGCUUCCGCCGGUCCCAUGGGUAGCUACGGUGGUGGUUAUCAACCACAGGUCACUGCACCAGUUUCAGUUCCAGCUGCAAUAUCUACAUUUAAUGCAGGUCAAUUUAGUGCGCCGUUAGUACCAACUACAGCUCAACCAAGUCUUUUGCAACCGGCUGCACCAUUUAAUAUGGGUGGUGCACCUGUGCCGUAUGGCUUAACUGGCAGCAACAACUACGCUGGUGGUCUGACAUCAGAUAUUAGCAAUCAACAGCAACAGCCACCACCACCACCAACCCAUAGUUUACCGCGCAGCCGCACACCACCACCCGGCUGGAAUGAUCCGCCAGCAUUGAAGUCAACACGUGCGCCCAAAAAACCGGAGGCUGCACCCACAUCGGCGCCCAUAACGCAUCCCUUAUUCGGCGUUGAUCCAAAUCAAAAUCAAAACGGUUAUGCGGAUCCAUAUACGCAGUAUCAGAAUCCCGGUAUGCCACCACCACCAACCGCCAACAGCAAUAUCCCAACUAACUUACAACCCAAUGACCCAGUUGGCUACUAUAAUCCAGCAUUGCCGCAAAAUAAUAAUUUGCCAACACAGCAAUUUCCAUCACAACUCAGCUUCCAAACAUCAGCCAUACCGCAGCAACAGCAACAGCCAUGGAUUACGCAGUCACAAAAUGUGGGAUACACCGAGCAGCCGGCGCCAGUGCAACGACAACCGGAACCCGUAAAAGAGAAACCGCCACUACCGGAGGAAUACAUUUACCUACAAACAGUGUUGGAAGAGUUAAAGAAUCAAUGCUUGACUGUAUCGGCCGAUCCGCGCACCAAACGUAAAUUUGUAGAUGUUACCAAACGUUUGGAUAAUCUUUAUGACUGUUUACGUGAUGGCAGACUUCACUCUGCCACGAUCGCAGCUCUUAAUCAAAUCGUACAGUUCGUCCAAGUAGGUGAUUAUGCCAAUGCCUUACAAACGCAUACCCAAAUUGCAUUCGGCUCCGACUUUUCACAAUGUGCUGGCUUUAUGCCAGGUCUAAAGGUGCUUGUACAAUCGGCUGCUGAUUUACAGGUUUAUCUGCGUUAAGUUGCAAAAACUAUAGAAAGAGUCUAAAAUGGGUUAUGUGUCGUUAGAAAUUGAAAUAAUUCCAUUUUUAUCAUAGCUGUUGUGUUCCAUGAAUUCUAUCCUCAUAUGUAUUCUUUUCGUUAUUAACAUUAAUUGAAAAAUUAAAAAAAAAAAAACGUCGCGCUUAAAGAUUGCAUAGUGGUAAAUAUUUUUUAAUUCGAUAAAUAAUUUUUUGU